AUGGAUGAACAACUUGACAGUGCUCUACACUAUGGGCACGUCGGAAGAGCCACCUACCUUCCCGAAUUCCAGGAAUGGGUAUUCUCUCGCUCGUUUGCCCAGCCUGCUUCGAUCGCAUAUACUGGAUUCACCAAGACGGCGAUACAGUCGCCUGUGCAUGCGUCACGACGAAUAACGACCAAGACCAUUCAAUCCGCAGAUAAGACCCUGAUCCCUCAGACCUACCCUGAUCUAGCUGCGCAUUGGUCCUCGAUUCAUGACGAUAGCUUUUCCGAGAUUAUCACAACUACAGCCAGUCUCUAUGAUCCUCAAGUAUCCUCUCUACUUGACUUGGGAUACGCGCUGGACAAUCGAAAUGACGAUACCAGGCUCCGCCCAAGCCCGAUUCCGAUUGCUGCCGUGGUGACCGGCGAAUGUGGCAAUAAAAUAUCUUUUCGAACACUUGUCGAUGAUGGGGCGGAGCUGGCAACGAGCACCGGAAUCUCUGCGUUGCGCGUUCCUUCCAUCGGUCACUCUGAAACUUCUGAGUGGUCGAAGCGCGGGGCUCCUAUCCGCCAGGUAUGCUUUGCACAAUCGAUAGAAGAGAAGGGAACCUGGAUGGCUGCCCGCUUGUCACAGUCAACAAUCAUCUUCCGUCCGACAAUUCUACGAGAGCCGGUGCCGAUGUAUAAUGGUGACGAUGAUAUGGUAGCUUUGGCUUUACCCCUCCAAAAUUCUCGACUGGACGCCAACCCUGUGGUUGAAAUUCCCAAUUCUCGCACGGGUGGAUUUCCACAUGCGGACGUCACUUUUAAUCCUUGGUAUCCAAAACAGUUUGCUAUCGUUGAUACCAGAGGCUGCUGGAGCAUAUGGGAGAUAUCAGGCCGACAUCGCCGACGGAGAGCUACCUGGAUUGCCGAAUGUAAAAUGAAUGGCUCGCUGUCACCGAGAUAUAAUCAAUCUGAUCCAAUAUCUGCUCGACAUGAUGGAUGGGCCUCAAUUGAAUGGAUUGCUGAUUUCUCGACCAUCCUCGUUUCUGAUCGUCGCUGCAGCAUGCUGUAUCAGCUUAGAGGUGGCGAUGUUCUGCCAAGCGUCGUGGAACUGGGUAUGUGCAAGCAAUCAGAGUGGAUUCUGGAUGCUCAAAGAAGCGCUCAAAACACAUCGCACUUCUUCAUCUUGACCAACUAUCGACUUCUUUGGUUUGAUAUCAGUGUAGCCCCGCAAAAUGAUCAAGGCCUGAGACCACCCCUUCGCUCCAAUCUUUCCUGGCGACAUUUUCGGGACUCAGAAGACACAACGUUGCGCGUCAGCAGUCUGCUGGUCAAAGACCAGGUGAAUGUAGUUGUCUAUUCCAAGCUUACCGAGCUUGUCCAGGUCUUUUCAUGUCCUCUGCUUGAAGUCGAUCAUUCGCAGCCAAUUUCCUUACCGGAUCCCUCUAUGCUUCAUGUGCCGCCUGAACCCGAUAGCUUAGCUUUGGGCAAGGACUCUCAAACCCACUUCUCCACUCUGAUUUUUCGAGAAAUAGAACACUCUCUUGCACCCCCAGGAAAUACGUUCUAUAAUCCCGAUAUGUCACUUUACAAGCUUUUUUGGAUUGAUUCAUCGCUCGCUGUGCAUGAAUCAUUAUUCCAAGGCCCAGACGUGAAGCGAGAUGAUGAAAGCAUCCAUGCAGAGAAUGGUCAGGUUCUCAGACUGAAGAAACGGCAUUAUGCACAUAGAAGAAUCCGUGAUCCCGACGAUGAGGAUUUUGUUGUGGAUGAUUGGGAUGAAACCAUUGUUCCUCAGCGGGUUGGUCUUCAUCAAGCUCGAUCCCGAGAUCCCGCGGACGAUCUGCAAUGGACAUUGAAUUGGACCUCUAUCUAUGCACAUUCCGUGGCAAAUAUAAAUGCUGCGGCUGAUCAAGGGGACAAAAGUCGCUUGAAGAUUACUUUCGACCAUCUCAUUACGGAAAUUGAAAAGGGUCAGGCUGAAGACUCGGAAGACUGGCAAACAAGUAAAACGAUUCUGGAGCUGAGCCCUACCCAACCCAUGAUCGAGGACAUUGACGACACUGCUCAUGACAUAACACGCCUAAUCUCUACUAUUGUUUCUCAAACCCCUGAGCUCCCCAAACGAUGGCGAUAUAUGAUAUUGCCGGCACAGUUUUCCAAGACGUUCCACGGUCUCCCUACUCUUUGGUCGAAGCAGGCUUCGGGCUUUGAUUUCGUGGGAACCUACGAUCAAUUAGUUGAGGACUGGCUUAGCAGUAUCUCCCAAGACAUACCCCGACUAACCCGCGUCAUGAAGGAAAGAGUCAUUCGGGGCAUUGCUCUUGACCUUCUUCUCUCACAAUUGAUUCGAACCUCUCAAAUACCCAAAAACGAUUUCCAGGAACCCUACGCAGAUGGUUUGAUCGACGAGAAUCCUCCUGGAGAGAAACUUGAUACAACGGUAUCCCGGCAUCCUAGCCUGCACUUACUGUCGUCUUCGCAUGUAUCCAGCAGCCAGUUACAAGCCUCACAAGAUGAACACUCUCAGGUCCCGGGCAAGGAUGGCUCGAGAGCACCCUCAGCCCCAGUUUUUAGUGCUUUAUCUGCCUUGACCUCUAUAAAAAAGCCUCGUACCUUGCCCCGCAAUGUAGCCGCCUUACUGUCUCACUGGAGUCUUGGUGGCGACCCUUCUGUCUAUGAAUGGGAGAAGACCUCCUAUCUGCUGGACGAAGAGGAAUCCCAACGUACAGCAAGAGCCAUGACCCCUCGACGCCAGAAGAAGCCCCAGAAACCGAUUGGUCCGGAAGCGUUCUCUCUGCCCCCGACGCCUGUUGCACCGUUCAUCCGAACCUGGGGCAGUCAACCUGACCAACCAUCCACAUUAUCUCUCCUUCCCAGCAGUCAACCGACGGUGGACGAUGCCCCGAUGACACAGAUGGAGCCAGGCCAGUUCGGAACACGCGAGUUCAAGAGGAAUGUGAAAUCCAAGAAGAAGCGGCGGGCCGCGGGAUUUUAA